AGCUACUGGUGUUCUCCCUCCCUCCCUUCAUGUGAUUCAGCUUCCCCACACCAGGGGAGCCAAGGACAAGCCUCACUGUGCGAGAUGGCUGCCGGCAGCUGCCUCCUCCUCCUCCUCCUCCUGCCCUGGCUGCUCACAGCCUCGCACAGCCCACCCGGCUGCAAGAUCCGGAUUACCUCCAAGGGGCUGGACCUGGUGAAGCAGGAGGGGCUGCGCUUCGUGGAGCAGGAGCUGCAGAACAUCACGGUGUCGGACCUGCAUGGGAAGGAGGGGCAGUUCCACUACAACAUCAGCCAGGUCAAGGUGAUGGACCUGCAGCUGGCGUUUUCUGACCUGUACUUCCAGCCUCAGCAGCACCUCGUCUUCAACAUCAACAACGCCUCCAUCAGCCUGCGCUUCCGGAGACAGUUGCUCUACUGGUUCUUCUAUGACAUCGGGUCCAUCAAUGCCUCUGCGGAUGGCGUCCACAUCCACACAGUGCUGCAGCUGGCUAAGGACGAGGCCGGGCGCCUGAAGAUCUCUAACAUCACCUGCAAUGCCUCCAUUGCCAGAAUGAAUGCGGGCUUCUCCGGCACACUCAGGAAGGUCUACGAGUUCUUGAGCACCUUCAUCAUCACAGGGAUGCGCUUCCUCCUCAGCCAGCAGAUCUGCCCGUCCCUGGAGCAUGCCAGCCUGGUGCUGCUGAACGCCGUGCUGGACACGGUGCCGGUGAGGAACUACGUGGAUGAGCAUAUCGGGAUUGACUACUCCCUCCUGCGGGAUCCGGCCGUCUCCACGGACACCCUCGACCUAGACUUCAAGGGCACGUUCUUCCCCCGUGCAAGAGACAACCAGGAGCUGGAGAACCACGCGGUGGAGCCGGUGAUCAAGGAGACCGAGCGUAUGGUCUACGUUGCCUUCUCCGAGUACUUCUUUGACUCGGCCAUGCACGCGUACUUCCAGGCAGGUGUGCUGGCCAUAGAGCUCCAGGGGGAGAAGGUGCCGAAGGACCUGGAGGUUUUGCUGAGAGCCACCUUCUUCGGGACCAUCUUCACGCUGAGCCCUGCCGUGGACGCUCCCCUGCGGCUGGUGCUGCAGGUGUCGGCUCCCCCCCGCUGCGUCAUCAAACCCUCGGGCACCUCCGUCUCCGUCUCUGCCUUCCUCAACAUCUCGCUGGUGCCCCUGGGCCGCCCCGCCGUCCAGCUCUCCAGCAUGGCCAUGGAAACCAAGCUGAGCGCCAAGGUGUUUCUGCAAGGGAAGGCGCUGCGCGUGCAGCUGGACCUGCGACGGUUUCGCAUCUACUCCAAGCAGUCUGUGCUGGAGUCGCUAGCGCUGUUCUCGCUGCAGGCCCCACUGAAGACCCUGCUGCAGCUGACGAUCAUGCCCAUCAUUAACGGUAGGCACCACCGCUGGGUGCAGAUCCCACUGCCAGAAGGCAUGGACUUCACCAAGGAGGUGGUCACCAACCAUGCGGGAUUCCUCACGGUGGGAGCCGAUCUCCACUUCUCCAAGGGGCUGCGGGAGGUGAUUGAGAAAUACCGCCCAGCGCCUACCGCCCCUGCCUACCCCAGCUCACGGCCUGCAGAGCCCAGCGUGGACCCCCACCAGCUCUAGCUCUUCUCCCCGCUGGCUCCUUCACCCCGGACCGAGGGCAGAUCCCGGGCUGGACCCGUAGACUGUAGGUAGGAAGCAGCUUCCCCGGUACCACUGGCACGUCCUGCAGGGCGCCCGUGCCCUGGUGGGUAGCAGCAAGGUGGAGACGGCCGCUCUGGGAACCCCUGCUGCACCCCUUCUCAUUACACUAAUAAAC